AUGAAGACAAAGAAAUUAGGACAGUACCGUCUCAGUCCUAAUGAGGAAGCCCAGCUUAUCAAGGAGGAGACAGAAAGACGUCGCAAAUUACGUCUUGUACAGGUCCGAGAACAAGCCAAACAAAAUGCUGCCAAAAUCCGCCAGGCUGUCCGACAGGAGAAAGACAGACAAAUUCACAAGCUUGCAGUCGAGCUUCAGAACCAAAUGGAAAAGGAGAAAGAAGAGAAAGUGCGCCAUCUAGAGGCCCAGUAUGAAAACUGUCUGCACAGCAUAGGUCAAGGUCAAUUGGAAGCUGGUGAACAAGUCGAUCAGGAUGAAGAGCGUCGCAUGGUUAGACAAAUAGACAACAAGAGAGCAGAAUCUCGAGGCAAGGCAGCCAUGGAAAAGGCAAGACGAGACAAAAUAUACCAGGAAUAUGAAGAAAACAAGAUUAUUGCAGCCAGGAAAUCUGCCUUGGAAACAGAGAAGGAGCGGGCAUCAAAGAUAGCGGCCUUACCAGCACCACCUCCAGACCCUGUCUUAAAUCUAGGAGUCCCAAAAAAGUUGUCAGUAAAGAUGACCGAUGCCAAUGCCUUCUCCACGACACACUACCAUUUACUGGAGGACUAUGCUGUAGACAAGGCUAGCCCCACAGAGCAGGAGGAUGCACGGCUGGCAGCAGAGGAGGAAGAGAUCAGAAUGAAGGGACAGGAUCAGGACUUAGUUCGUCUACACCAUGACCGCCUGGCACGGGCCAGGGUCCGUCACAAUAAAGCUCUAGAGGCAGAACUCCUUAGUCAUGACUACAAUAAUAUCCUGAUGGACUUGAGUGACCUUCAGAGAGCUGACCGUGAGCGACGACAGAGGGUGGUGGCCAACAUACCAAAACAAGUGUACGAGCCACCUUACUGUCGCAUUGAAGACAAAGAAGACAAACAGAAAAAUAUGGAGGAAGCCUUUGAGGAUAUGUACAUGGCAGAAACCAACUUUAUGGGAGACCUGAGUCUGGCCUUGGACCCCCAUCCUCCCCCUGAGACACCCUCAACCAGCGAGUCCUUGGAGGUGUCAGCGUUGGAUGACUCCCAUCUUCCUGAACCAACUCUAGGCUCUGUGCCUUCAGUCCUUAAGGACAUGACUAACACCCCAAGGAAAGCUAACGAGAAACUACCAGCCAAAAAACCAGAGAAAGUACUUAGGAAAUUGAUGGACAAAAUCAAGACUCAACGUCAAGAGUGGGUAUCAAAAUCAGUGGGGGAUAUCCGAGAGGUGGGACGGGAGGGCCAACCCCCAGUCUCCAACGGUUACCAGGAAAAUGGCAUUGACAAAGCACCAACAUUGUCUGAGUAUUCCCUGUCUGACACUGAGGUGUCACAGACAGAACACCCGAGGUCUGUGGUACAGCCUGUCGUCCAUGGGUUGAAGCGUACUCGGCAACCUGUCCCUGCACGUAGCCAUGCCCCUUCCACUGGAGGCCCCAAAGGUCACACCAUUUCCACUGGUGAUCCGAGAGGUCAGGCCUUAUCCACUGGCUAUCCCAGGGGCCACGCCCCCAAUGUAAGAACUUCAUUUCCAGGCUCACAAGGACCUGCUCCCUUACUGCAUCCUAUGGAAAUGGCAGCCAAAAUCAGACGGACAGAUCCCUAUAUACAGGAUUCAGAGGAGGAAGUGAAACCUCGUAAGCCACUAGAGGAGAGAACUGUGGCGGAAAUACUGGAGCAGCAGCGCUCGCUCGAACAACAGAAGCGAGAACUGGAGGCAAAGUUAAAAGCUCUGGAUUCCUACCAUAAAUCUAUACUCGAGCCAACAGAGUCUGGCACACCAGCAGGGAAUGUUGGGAUACCAGACUUUCUAAUGAAUGGCCAUGAUCCUCCAUCCUCCUCAUCAUCUGUGAAUCUUUCCUCAGCUGGCCUUGUUGCUCAUCUUGCCAAAGACAAACCUGGAUUUCAUGGAAUUUCAGAACUUCCCACUCAUAUGACUGAACGUCCUGUGAUGGAUUCAGACAGACCAACAAGUGUGUCUACAUCAAAAGUUCAGAAUGGUUUAUCAUCUGAAAUGCAUCAUUCUAGAGGUCAUUCUGGUAAGGUCACUGACUUCCAUCCUUCAAAAGGUCAAAAUGGUUUAAAGUCUGACUUUUACCCUCCACUUCCUGUUGGUGCAUAUCUGUCACCUGCUGCCCGACAACAGCAGACUAACAUAUUAAACUCGUCACUGCCCCCAGCCCCUCACACCCUGUCUGGUGCUAUGUUACCAGGGGAGGGGAAAGACACUAGCCACUCUGAUCAAAUGAAAAAGAUAAGAGAAUAUCAAAUGAAUUUGUUAAAGAGGCAUGAACACAGUAAAAAAAUUCUCUCAGAUACAAGAGCUGAAAUUGAACAAAGACGUCAGGAAUUAUUGGAAAGAUUUCCACAGUUAGAAUUAAAAUCCUCAGAGAGUGACAAGUCAGGGAGCCAGGUCAACAGCAGUGAUCCUAGUGUGUCAAAAAUUAUGUCUAUCUUGUCUGAGUCAGGAUAUCAACAAGCUAAUGGCCAUCGUGAACCUGCUGGUAAUAAAUCUCCUCCUAAAUCUGCCGUCUCUGACUUGUUGUCAAAGUUAGCAUCGCACCCUUACUAUGCUUCAAGACUGUCCCACGAAAAUGGAAAAUCUUUGGCCAGCAGUUUUCUAGGUAGAGAUAUACCACCAGAGAAAGGUGGAGCUAUCCCGGGCUCCGAGGCUAGUAAAGGAUCACAGAUGGACAGAGUGAGAAAGUCAUUGUCGUUCAAUGAUUCUCUACAGGAAUCACCCCUUACAGCUCUGCAGCAGUUUCAGGAAGGUGACACAGGUCGUAGUGAUCUUGACGACACAGCACUAUCAUCAUCUUCAACUGAACGAGGGAGUCCAGCCCUUCCAGGUCGAAGGUCAGGUUCAGAGUCAGAUUCUGACCUUCUGACGAUAGCUAGAGGUCGCAAUCAAGAGUUUGAGAAAAGACAAGCAGAUUUACGGCGACAAUUAGGAGAUAUUCAAAAACAAAAAGAGGAAAUACUACAAAGACAUAAAACCGGACAAAUUCAGUUGAUGGCAGAACAGGAACGCCUGCGUAGCAAACUGUCUCGGGCUCAACGACAGAUCAACCAGGAGAGUGAUACGUCACUUAAUCUGUCUGGAAGAGAUACCUCCCUGACUGGGGAUACCACUGGACUGGAAACAUCUGACCUGAGUUCAGACAAUUCACCUGCUGGGAAGCAUCCCCCUGAGAAACUUGUGGCAGGCCAGCCACCUAGCCGGGGAGCUGUACAGCUCGCUGCACAUCGUCCACAUGAACUCAGCACCAUACAUGAGGUAGACACACCUGCCAGUACAAGAUAUUCCGAAGCCCGUCUGUCCUCUGGACGUCCAAGUCUCACUUCAAGUGAAGCAUCAUCCACUGUAAAACGUUCAAUAGACUUUGACAGACCAACAAUACCCGAGGAAAGGGAGCGUGCUGCCACCCCUACUGGUCGACGAACAGCUGGAGAGUCUGGUUAUUAUACUUCCCAGAUAGAAGAGGUGAUGAGUAGGGCCCGGGAACUGGACAGUGGACUGCUGGACAAACUAAAACAACAGACCAAUGAUGUGUUUGCUACACUGGACUCGACAGAUGGGCGAAGACAUGGUUCACACAGUCCUGCUGUAGGGGGCAGUUUUCAUACUCUUUCUGCUGGCACCCUGUCACCAUCCUCACUGUCUACAGGGCCAAUUGAUGACAGCAAUACUUCGCUGCUGUCUCAGCCAGCCUCAGACAACUACGCAUUCCGAUAUGUUGGCCAACCUGCAGGAAAAUCAGACAGCGCCAAUGGAUCAUUCCAGAGCCACAAGUCCUGGGUAGAAGAGUUCUCUGGUUAUAAGGAGAAAUUCAAACCACUGCAACCUGACAGAACAUCCACAGGGUCAAACCAAAAAGAUUUUAAAUCAUUACGACCUUCUUCAGAGGAUGAGAGAGGAAAUUCAUCUGAUCUCAGUCAGCACACAUUGUCAGAAUAUGAUAAGUCACAAGAAGAUAGUAAGUCUGGUUACCUGGACCUACCAGACCCGAAACCUUUCCAGGUAGACAGGAGCUAUGAUGCCAUGCAUUUCUCAGUAGAGCCCACGCAUACCUAUCAAAAACCUUUCUCAUCCAUGUCACUGGACACUUUCGCUAAGAAGCCUUCGAUCUCAUCAGAUGAUGGAAACAAGACUCGGUCCUCCAUAGAGAGGUUAGCUGAGGAACUUUCUCAUCAGGGUCCAGCUAGUGACCGCUCAGGAUCAACAAGGUCAUCUGCAGCAUCAAGUGAAGGUCAUGUUGAUAUUUCAGGUGUGAGAGGGUCACCUGUUGGCCAUCAUGACCAAUCCGAUGUUCAGCCAUCUAUUGACACUACCGGUAGAACUCGUGAAAGUAUUGGUUCCAGUGUAAGUGAAGGAAUCAUAUCCUCUUCCAGUUCUUACCUUGAUAUGGAACUCCAUGGUCGUAACUCACGAGAUUUUGGGCCUUUUCGACGGGACCGUGACAGUUUAUUGAUACAGUUACGAGAUGAACUUAGAGAGGAGAAUCGUAGAGGCCCUCGGAUACUCUCUGACAAUGAGUCUGUCAAAUCUGGCUCAUACACACAUACCAGUACCCCGUACACUGCUCAAGGGAAACCCGAUGCUCCUAGAGCCCCAGAGAUUUCUAGACAUUCCAUUGUGUCCGAUUCUAGUAGAGAGCAGGUGACUCCACGUAGUCAAGGGUGGGGGAGUUUGUCUUCAUCCUCUUUUAAUGAAAGACCUUCAAUAAGUUCAUCGGGGUCCAGUCAAGCAACAGAGGUACCAUCCUCUGUCAGCUUUGGUGGUCCCCCAGGGGUCAGUCAGUACAGCCUGCUGUCUGACACUCAAGGGAUUACACUAAUUGGCAAGGAGCAGUCUGAUCCCCAGGGUCACACUCUAAGUCAGUUUAGUCUGGACACAACAGGUAAGACCACUCGGAACGAGUCUUCACUGACACAGGUAUCAAUGGAUACAGAUUAUUCUGAUGUAUCUCGCAGGGCUGGGAAGAGUGCACCAGAGCUUAGCCAGUACAGCUUGGGGGCAGAAGAGGAUCUUUCUCUGAGUCAGUACAGUUUAGACAAGACCAGUCCAUCUGGACAUGGAGCAGACUCCACACAGGGUCUGAGUCAGUACAGUUUGGACAAGACCAGUCCAUCUGGACAUGGGGCAGACUCCACGCAGGGUCUGAGUCAGUACAGUUUGGACAAGACCAGUCCAUCUGGACAUGGGGCAGACUCCACACAGGGUCUGAGUCAGUACAGUUUAGAUACAGAGUCUGAGCCAGAUUCUGAAGAUGGCUAUGUGGAAAAGAAGUUUGCAAAUCUGGAUUCGUUGAUACAAGAAUCUAGAGACAUUAUUGCCAAACAUAAACAGCUGAUAAAGAAACAUCCGAACCAAACGAAUAAUGCUGAAACUUCAGAACGUCCAAGUGUUCAGACAUGGUCACAUGGUCACCAGGAGCAUGCAUACACCUCAGAUGUAGCAUCAACAGAGGACUCGUACAAGCUGUCCACAACAACUGCUGGGUCAAGCUUUGAUGUGACUCCACUAAGGUACACUGAGGACUCUGCUACCAUGGUAACCAGCAGUCAGCCCUCAGCUGCAGAUGCUACUAGUCUUGAUCAGCUUGGCUACGAGUCCGGUAUAUCUGAGGAACCAAACCUCACACUAGUCACCCUAAGCUCCAACACCAGCAUGGUACAGGAAGACUUCAACCAAACCCCACGGAAGUCUGGCCACAGUAGUCAUGGCACCGCCAGUAGUGAUUCAACUUUGUCAUUUGAGCAGCAUGAAGCUAGCAUGACUGACCCAGACGUGUCUAACACACACUCAAAGUCUACACAAGACACUUUCCAUGAUAUUGCAGAUUUCACUACAUCCAAGUCAUAUGAUAGUCCAAACACUGCCCGGACAUUAUCUCCACCCCAUUAUGCUCCACCUCCACCACCCAUUGAGGAGAGUGAUGACACUGGCAGUGACUCAGGGUCAGAAACGCUGUUUCAUGCUGUACCAGUGAUGGUCAGUCCCACUAUGUCUCUAGCCAUGAAAUUCAGUAGUCAACAGGAGCCAAGCAAACCACCUGUCUCCUGGUCAAAACUGUUGGAUGAGGAGGAAGAAAAAUUCACCACAGAUAACCAGAAAUCAGCUAAACCAAUCAUUGUACGUUCUGUAGAUUCUGGUUCCUCCAGGAAUUCAUCAGAGUCUCAUGUAGCUAGAUCUCUUGAUUCUUCAUCUGCCAGAACAUCCACUGAACAGACCUUGUCAUCCAGGCCGUCUGAAUCAUCAGAUCCCGGCAAAGACACAAGGUUAGGCAACAAGGUUGGUGAAAGACGGAAAAUGUUUGAAGUCUCUGACGAACCUGAAACAGGGAAAAAGAAGUCAGCUCCAAAGGUACCAGGAACCUACCUGAAUAAGGCCCUACAAACAAAGAAGGAUGGAGGUAAAAAAGUGAUGAAGGAGGUACCCAAAGCCCCAUCAGCGGGGAAAGCCAAACCAGGUGGUGUUGUCAGUCUGGCCGACUUUUUGACCUCAAAUAAAGGUGAUUUGUUAAGUACAUUGAAGAAAACCCCACCACCGGAAUCAAAACGGCCUGGGUCAGCUCCAGCUCCAGGUCCAAAGUCAAAGGAAGCCAAUGAGAGUGGAGUGACACGGUCGGUAGGUCCAACAGGGUUGUCCAAAACUCUGGCCUCGUGGAAGAAGAGUCGAAGUGUGAAAUCCGCAGCUCCACCACCGCAGCCACUCCAAUCCAAGGAAGUGCCUUCCACUUCUGUUAAAGCUGUUUCUAAAGAAACACCUAUCACUGAAGAGGAGCGCAAACGUGCUGCUGACAAAAUUGUGUAUGAGCGCCAUAUGAGGUAA